CGACAUUCAAAUCUUAAAGUUAUACAUAGAGCAUUGACGUUGAAAAGUGUUGUGCGCUGAAAAGGUUGUGCUAAUUAAAUGAAGAAUUUUACUAUUUAUAGUGCGUCAUGUGUUGCGAUUUUGAUUGCAUCAUUGCAAUCAGUGAAAACAGCACCGGUGAAUGAUGACAAAACGUCAGAUUUAAAAUUUGUUGUCAUUGGAGCCGGUGUAUCGGGAAUUGCAAGUGCAAAACAUUUACUCGCUCAAGGAUACAAUGUGACAAUUUACGAACAGAGUGAAGAUAUUGGCGGAACAUGGUUCUAUACAAAUCAAACAGGAAAAAACCAGUACGGUAUAAAGGUUCAUUCAGCAAUGUAUCGAGGUUUAAGCGCCAAUUUACCAAGGAAAAUUAUGCACUAUAAAGAUUUUGACUAUCAAAAUAUAACCGAACAUUUCACAAGACCAUCACAAGCCGAAGUUUUCGAAUACAUUCAAUCCUAUGUUGAUCAUUUUGAUAUAAGAAAGCACGUCAAAUUGAAUCAUUUGGUUGUUCGAGUUCAUCCCAUCGAAAAGGGUCAGUGGGAAGUAAUCGUAAAGAAUUUACCAAAUGGCACAUUUCACACAUUAAUUUAUGACUAUGUUUUCGUCUGCAAUGGAAAAUAUUCAUCACCACACUAUCCAAGCAUUUCUGGAAUGGAAGAAUUCAAGGGAAAAAUGCUUCAUAGCCAUGAUUAUCGUGAUGCUGAAGCAUUUCGUAAUGAAAGUGUUCUUAUCAUUGGAAAUGGAGCUAGCGCAAUGGAUAUAUUUGAUCAAUUGGAAGAUGUUGCAUCUCGGCUUACAAUAAGUAAUAAAAGGAAACACUAUAUAACUAUGGGAGAUCGUUACAAACGUGAUGUAAAAUCAAAAAUUAAUUUUCAACACGAAGUGGUACGUUUGAAUUCAACUGCAGCUGAAUUCAUUGAUGGCAGCAACGUUACAUUUUCCGUGAUUAUUUUUGCAACAGGCUACAACUAUUCAUUUCCAAUGCUGAGUGUUGAUACGGGCAUUCAUGUUGAAGAUAAUUCGGUUUCACCACUUUUUAAGCAAAUUUUUAACAUCGAACAUCCUACAAUGGUUUUCAUUGGCAUAGUAUCCGAGACUAUUUCGUUUAUAACGUAUGAUUUUCAAGUUCAAUUUGCGAUGAAAUUCAUUACCGGGGAAAAGAAACUACCUUCAAAAGUAGAAAUGUACAAAGAAGAGCAAACACAAUUGAAAAUACUGUACGAUUGUAAAGAAUAUACUAAACGUCAUACACACAAUUUACAGUUGCCCGAACUGUAUGUUUACUUCAAAGAAUUAUCAGAAAUGGCUGAAAUAAACAAUUAUCCCGGAAAUUACAUUGAGAUGUAUUUUGAAGAAUUUAAAAGAUGGAAUACAACAAGUUAUUAUGCAACAUGCAAUGAGCUCAACAACACCACUUUGGAUGUACGCAAAGAUAAAGUGAUGGACAUGUUGAAUUGAACGAAGUUCCUUCGAAAUUAGUCUGCAUGCAAAACAUCUGUAAAUUCUUUGUUCUAUACAUGAUUAGUUUUAUUAUAACGAAAUAAUUAUUAGGAAAACAGAAAUAAAACAUUUGAUUUUAUUGAAUUUUAUUAAAAAU